GAAGAAAGAAAAUUAUUUUGAAUCAAGAGAAUCUUAGUUUAAACAGACGAUUUUAGAAAAAACACAAUUUAUAGAAACAGCGACAUUAAAUAGGUUUCGUGUUUUGUAACUAAACAAAUCAAUGGCAGAGCACAUGGAACCCUGCCUGUCAGAACUAGUGCUGAAGCCUAACUCGAAGAUCAAACGUCCUCCUAAUGCCUUCAUGAUUUUUGCCCGAGAACACAGGAAAGGUUUUGCUCGUCAAAAUCCAAAUAAGGACAAUAAAAAAAUCAGCAAAUUAUUGGGUGAUACGUGGAAAAUGACAGAUGCCAAAACAAAAGAGAAGUACUACAAAAUGGCUAAACAGUUAGAACUUCUCCAUAAGCAAAAAUAUCCAGGUUAUGUCUACUGCCCUAGAACAGCGCGAUUGGAAAAAUCAAAACGGUUGGCAAGAAGAGCUCUUUUGCGUCGAAGUGGGGACAAUGAAGUGGAAAAGGCAAGCAUGGAAUCGCAGACCUCUCGUUUCAGUGAUGCCAGAGAACAGAAACCAAAGAAAGAAAAAUGGAUUCAGGAGUAUGCUAAAAGGUCUCCAACAUCUGAAUACGUUCCUAACAAUCCUGAGUAUUUUACAAAUCCGGGGGAAGGUGAUAGUUUUUCUUCGUCCAUCCUGGAAUCUCCCCGAUCUAGUGACAGAUCUUCGGAAUGUAGCCCAGAUCCUGUUUAUGAUCCAUCCGUGGCGAAUCUCAAAGGAAUUAGAAGCAAAAAAGACAGUAUUUCCCCUCCAAUUCUUAAACCCCAUUGGGAUGAAGCCUAUCCACAAGAUUAUAUGCACACGAAGAGACCCGAAAGAGAUAGUUUUGCCGAAUUUCCUUCGUCUAAUCGGGUCUAUUGCCAGGAGCCGAUAUCACAGAAUAUCUCGUCAAAUCUUUCACACAACUCUCCUAAUAUGCUAAAUUAUGAAAAUAUGUGUCAGCCAUACUAUAUUCCGAUGCCGGAGAAGCAAUAUUUCUCAGGGCUAUCACCAUUACAAAUUUAUCAACAUCAAUCCCAUAAUGCACUGUAUUUUCCUCGGGAUUUCAACUGUGGCAAUUCAGGUUUACCCCGGUUUUACCAGCAUCCGGAUAAUUUAAAUUAUCCGUGCUGUAUGAAUUGUAUAGAACCAAGGAAACUAUCACUACCUGGAUUUAGAUAUUCUCCUGAAACAAGUCUUGAUUAUCCCACAGAAUUCAGACAUUCUUGUCCUUCCGAAGCAACAAGACGUGAUUUUGCCCCAAAAUUCAGACAUUCUUGUCCUCCCGAAUCAACAAGACGUGACUUUGCCCCAGAAUUCAGACAUUCUUGUCCUUCCGAAACAACAAGACAUGAUUUGCCUCCUACUAGAUAUGCUUGUCAUCCAGAAACAAAAAGAUUUGAUUCGUCUUCUGAGUUUAUAUGUUUUCCUGAAAAAACAAUUCUCAAUUUGUCUCCUGAAUUUAGACAUUCCCUUGAAAAAUCAAGACUUGAUUUUCCUUCGGAAUUUAAAUGCUCUUCUGACACGAAAAUACUCAAUUUGCCUUCUGAUUUGGAGCAGUCUUCUGAAAAAACAAGUUUUGAUUUGACUCAUGGAUUUGGACGUCCUCCUGAAACAAAAAGAAUUGAUUUUCCACCUGACUUUAAGCAUCACACAGAAGCAACUAGUCUUAAUUUGUCGGAACCUUCUCCCGAAACAGAAAGAAGUGAUAUGCCUUCUCACUUUAAUUAUUCUCCUGAAACAAGUUUUGAUUUGCCUCCUAGGUUCAGACAUCCACCAGAAACCACGAUUCUUGAUUUGUCAUCUAAUUCUAAACAUUCUCUUGAGACAACUGGACUUGAUGUUUCACUUUGCUGUUAUCCUGGUCUAGCAACUGAUUCUGCGCAUUAUUCAGAGCCAGAAUCUUCGCAUUCUGUUGACACGUGCUCAACCAACACUACUAUGAAUGUGAAAUUUGAAAUUCCUUCUGAGGAUGAGAAACAGGAUGAUUUCAUUAAGAAUUGCAAUAAAUUCUGAAGUAAAGAAAUUGAUUUUGGCACAAUUUUUUUUAACAUGAAAAUUUUGAACUACAUUAAAAGACAAGAGCUUGUUUUGUAAAUAUCGAAACCUUUAAACUUACUUCAAUAAAUAUU